AUGUUAGGGUUAGAUGGGACAUUCUUGAAGGGAACAUAUCUGGGGGUCCUAUUGGCUGCAAUCGACUUAGAUGCUAAUGGUGGCACUUUUCAUGUUGCGAUUGCAGUGGUAGAGAAUGAACACACUAAAAGUCAUUGCAUGCGCCAGCUUGUAGACAAUUUCAAGAGAACAUGGAAGAGCAAAGUACUCCUAAAGGAGUGGUGGCAAGCCGCAAGUGCAUUAUCAACUGAAAGUUGGAUUUUAGAGGAACGUGAGAUGCCUCUCAUCCCUUUGUGUGAAAACUUAAGAAUUAAGUUAUUGAAAAGAUGGGCUGAACGUCAGCUGGAAAGUGAGCAGUGGGAUAGUGUUUUAGUGCCUAAAGCACAAGAUGUUCUCAAUGAACGGAUUACAAAGUCAAGGUUCGGGUAUAAUGUUAUAUGGGUCGUAGACAUAAAAUAUAAGGUCCAUGAGGAGAUGGCCCAUGCUGUAGAUCUUGAUGCUCGAACCUGUACUUGUAGAGUGUGGAGGAAUAGCGGGUUCCCGUGUACCUAUGAAAUUGGAGCUAUGAAUCAUUGUCACCUCCAUCCACUCUACUUUUGUGAGCCGUAUUUCAGAGUUCAAGCAUACAGGACCACCUAUGCAACUGAAUUCCAUCUUGUACCAGACUCGGUGCCUUUGACUGGAGCUUUUAAUAGAAUUGUAUAUCCCCCAAUUACCAAGCGAUAUCUAAGAAGGCCAAAGAAACAGCGUAGGCAAACAGAAGAGAAAUCCACCAAGGUUUAUAUUUGUAAGUAUUCAUGA